GUUUAUUCUGCUCCGGGGAAGAGGAAGCUGGUCCGGAGCGGCGUUAACGAGCGGCUGCGCGGAGCCCGGGGACCCUGAGCGAGGUUUCUCAGCGAGGCUCGCCAUGGCUUUCCAGCCGAGUUCUGUUGGCAAGAAGAAGGAUGAGAAAGGAAAGAACAUCCAGGUGGUGGUGAGAUGCAGGCCAUUUAAUUUGUCAGAGCGAAAAGCAAAUGCCCAUUCUGUGGUGGAUUGUGAUUCUUUUAGAAAAGAAAUCAGUGUGCGUACUGGAGGAAUGACUGACAAGUCUACAAGAAAAACUUAUACUUUUGAUAUGGUUUUUGGAGCAUCCACAAAACAAAUUGAUGUUUACCGAAGUGUUGUAUGUCCAAUUUUAGAUGAAGUUAUCAUGGGAUACAAUUGCACUGUUUUUGCAUAUGGCCAAACUGGCACUGGAAAGACUUUUACAAUGGAAGGAGAAAGGUCACCCAAUGAAGAAUAUACCUGGGAAGAGGAUCCUUUAGCUGGCAUAAUUCCACGUACGCUCCAUCAGAUAUUUGAGAAACUUACUGACAAUGGGACAGAAUUCUCAGUAAAAGUGUCAUUGCUAGAAAUCUAUAAUGAAGAACUCUUUGAUCUACUUAAUCCAUCUAGUGAUGCUUCUGAGAGACUACAAAUGUUUGAUGAUCCUCGUAACAAGAGAGGAGUAAUCAUCAAGGGUCUGGAAGAAGUCACAGUGCACAACAAGGAUGAAGUCUAUCAAAUUUUGGAGAGGGGGGCAGCAAAAAGGACAACGGCAGCAACCUUAAUGAAUGCAUAUUCUAGCCGAUCCCACUCUGUAUUUGCUGUUACGAUACAUAUGAAAGAAACUACAGUUGAUGGAGAAGAACUUGUUAAAAUUGGAAAGCUGAAUUUGGUGGAUCUUGCAGGAAGUGAAAAUAUUGGUCGUUCUGGGGCCGUUGACAGAAGAGCACGGGAAGCUGGAAAUAUUAAUCAAUCUCUUUUAACCCUGGGAAGGGUUAUAACUGCCCUUGUUGAAAGAGCACCACAUAUUCCUUAUCGAGAGUCCAAACUAACUAGGAUCCUACAAGAUUCUCUUGGGGGACGUACAAAAACAUCUAUAAUUGCCACAGUUUCCCCUGCAUCAGUCAAUCUAGAGGAAACAUUGAGUACUUUGGAAUACGCUCAUAGAGCAAAGAAUAUAAUGAAUAAGCCUGAGGUCAACCAGAAGCUCACCAAAAGAGCUCUCAUUAAGGAGUAUACAGAAGAGAUAGAGCGAUUGAAACGAGAUCUAGCUGCAGCCCGAGAGAAAAACGGAGUCUACAUUUCUGAUGAAAACUAUAAGGCUCUGAAUGGCAAAAUAAUUGUCCAAGAGGAGCAGAUUGCAGAAUAUAUUGAAAAAAUUAGUAUUUUAGAAGAGGAGCUUAAUAGGGUCACGGAUUUGUUUGUGGAUAACAAAAAUGAACUUGAGCAAUGUAAAUCUGACCUCCAAUAUAAGGAGAAAGAACUUGAAGAUACUCAAAAAAAUUUACAAGAAACCAAAUUACAGCUUGUUGAAGAAGAAUAUGUCUCAUCAGUUUUGGAAAUCACUGAAGAGAAACUUCAUGAUGCUGCCAGCCAGUUACUUACUACUGUUGAAGAGACGACAAAAGAUGUGUUUGGUCUACAUUCAAAACUGGAUCGUAAACAAGCAGUUGAUAAGCAUAAUGCUGAAGCCCAGGAGAUAUUUGGCAAAGACCUGAAUAGCUUAUUUAAUAAAAUGGAAUUUUUGAUAAAAGAUGGCACCAAAAAACAAAAAGCCAUGUUAGACUCAUACAGUACUUUGUUUGGUCAUCUAUUAUCUACAAGUUCCUCUGCAUUAGACAGUAUUACAACAACUGCACUUGGAUCUCUUACCUCAGUUUUAGAAAAAGUAUCUACCAAUGUUUCUCAGAUUUCAGAUGUGAUAUUAAAAGAAGAAUCUAUAACAACUGAAAGUAAAACUAUUCUUCAGAAAUUGAUGGGAGAACAUAAAACUCAGCUUGAUAAAUCACUGGAAAUGACUCUUUCCCCUCUGGUGGUAUCUCUGUUGGAACUCAAUUGUCAAAUGAAUUGUAAAUUCAAGAGUCUUCUGUCAGUAGUCAAUAAGAUAGAAGAUCAAAAAAAGGAAAUGGAUGAUUUUCUCAGCACGCUUUGUAAAAGUCUGCAUGAACUACAGGAAAAUACUGAUGCAUCCUUGGCUGAAUCUCAGAAGCACUGUAAAACCUUAGUGAAUGAACUGAAGACAGUGAAGCAAACCCAGUGCCAGGAACUUUGCCAGUUAAUGAAUCUUUGGGAACAAAGAUUCUGUGCCUUGGAGGAAACAUGUGGAAAUGUCAAGAAUCCACUCAGAAAUAUUCAAGAAAAUCUGCAACAGCAUUCCAAGGACAUCAUAAGCAGUACAGCUUCUCACAACAAAAAAUUCCUUGCUGUUUCCAAUGAUUUGUCACAAGAGCUCAGACAUUUUAACCAUCAAAGUGCUGAGUUGGUUGAAGAGUCUAUCCGAUGUUGUGAGAAGCUCAGUUGCAGCAUUAAAACAGUGUCACAAGAGAGCCAACAAUGGUAUAAUGAUAUGAAUACAAGUGCUGUCCACUUUUCAGAUCAGUGGAUAUCUGGCUUACACAAAAGGAAAGCAGAACUUGAUAACUUACUGAAGGUUGUAAAGGAAGGUUGUAUUACAUCCAAUUCAGAGAUCACGGAAAAAGUUAAUGGACAGAAGGCAGUGCAAGACAGCCUGCUGACUGCCUUUCGUGAUGAGAUAACUAAUGACAAGGAAAAACUGGUGGAACAGAGUCAAGAACUUAACGAUAUCAUGAAAAGUGGCUGGAAUAAACUUAAUUGCUUUUUGCAUCAGGACCUGAAACUGGAUAUUCCAACAGGUUCAACUCCACAGAGGAAAACAUAUUCUUAUCCAUCCACAUUGCUGAGAAGUGAACCUCGGGAGCAACUCCUCAAUCAGCUAAGAGACAAACAACCCGAGCUACUGACGACAGCAGUUAUUCAAGCAGAAGACCCUCCUCAGGACUUAGAUGAGGAGAAGCCUGUUCUGGAGCUCACUAAUGAAAACAUCAUAAGUGAAGAGCCAGCAGUGGACACAAGCGUCUGUGAUCCUAUAAAUGGCGGUGUUCCUUUUUUCCAGCGUAAAAAGUCCUCCAGAAAGGAUAAAGAAAACAGAAUUGUAAACAUUGUGGAGAAGUCAAAAGUAGAAGAAAAUCUGGAACAUACUAUUGUUAAGUCUAAACUACCGUUAAAAGCUCAGAUAAAUAAUUAGCUUUUUUUUUUUUUAAUCUCUGUUUUGUAACUCCUGACCUUGGUUGUUAUUUAGGAAUUUGAUAAGUAUAGACUUGUCUUGAGUUUUUUUAUUGUUGUUGAUUUAGUCAGUAGGUUUGGUCACUUAUCAUAAUAUUGUCAAGGAUUUCAUUUGGUGCUUAUUAACUUGAACUUCAAAUUAGUGAUUUGGGGUUUGCAUUAAAUAAAAUUGUAUUUCCACCUUUUGUUUGAGACAGCCCAACAAAUGAAAAAAUUAGGGUAGUUAUUUUCUUAGAGCCUCUAUUAUAUUUUGUACUUCCUAAACAAAUACAAAAUUGCAUUGUUCUUCUAGGCUUGAACUUAUAUUGGAAAAUAUCACCAGCAAAUUGUUCCUAGAAUUAGGAUGCCCCCUGUGGGGGCACUCUUCUUAUAUUUUCUUAUGUGUAAAUAUUGGCUAUCUUACUCUCGCUUUUUCUCCUCCUUCUUCAUAUUGCAGACUCACUUGGUAGGAUAAUAAAAAGCAUAUAUACCUCCUGUUGUCUAUUUAGAUUAAUAGAUAAUACUCCAUUUCUAGGUAUGAGAUACUUGGACACAUUUAACACUUUAUGUUGAGUGUGUCUGAGGGAAAAAAAGGGAGAAAAUUAUUCAGUCAGAGGAAAUAUGGAUAUCAAAGUAUACUCAUUGCAGGAGGUGACUGUAUUAUGAAGCAUUUCUUUUAUAAUUAUACAUAUAUUUUAUGUACUUCCUAGAAAAAAAAAAAGAGGCAUUGUAGUGUAGUGGAUAGAGAGUUUGUUUCUGAGCCAGCGAGACCUAUGUUUAAGUCUUGUCUCUGCCGUAUGCUAGCUGUAGUACCUGGAAAAGUCACUUAAUCUCUCAGUGAAACUCUCUAAGGCUGUUAGUUUUAGAGAAGGUGAUGGAUGUCCCACACUGUUAAAGGGAGUAUCCUGUAACAGUGAGCUCAUAGUCCUUAUCCUUAAGUCCUCACACCUUCUGAAUUAUUGCCCCACUACCAGAGGCCUUGCUUUAUCUCCUUCUGGGAGAUAGAGCACAAGAUAAGAGGGUGGGAAGGAGAAUGGACAGGGCUAGGCAGGAGACGUUGGGGCCAGGGAAAAGAAAGGGACAUUUCUCUUUUCCUGUUUUCAAAAGCUGUUCCCUUGUUUCUCCCACAGUUUGGAAGGCUGUAGGAUCAUAUGAUAUAUGACCAAUGAAGUCUUAACACUUGUGUAUGUAUUUUUUUUGUGUGUGUGUAUCUGUAUAGAUAGACAAUAAUCAUACACACAUAAAUCUGAAGAUUCCUGCAGGGAAACUUCCAUAAGGAAUGAAUCUAGUUUAUAAAUCACAGUUAUCUUUGCCCUCCCAUGUUUUGCUAACCAGUUUAUCAACUGAGUAUUAAAUGCCACAUAUUUAAAAAAUGGAAGACCUCUGCUGUAGUGAAAUGUUUGGUCAAAUUAAGACGUAAUAAAAAGCAUCUGAGAGCUGGCAUUUAUGCACAGGAAAACUGUGAUCAAAUAUUUGUCCCACAAAAAGAGAAGACUGGCCUAGAAUGGAAGCAUCUCAUCAGAAAACGUGCUUGUUCUCAUCCUGACACUAAAACAGUGUCACAAAGACAUGUUUUGUUUUUUCACGUCUUCGAGUUGUUGGAGGGUCCCCAUUGCUCAUGGUGGGUCUGUACGAUCUGUCCACAUCCAAGUUCCUUUGAAUUGUAGCCUUUUGGGAGGCCAUGACUGAAGUCAGAAGUGCUAGCUAAAGCUAUAAUUUUUCUAUAUUCAAUUCAAAAAUUUAUUAAGUGCCUACUCUGUGCAGAGAAUUAUGCUAAAUACUGGCCAGAAUGCACUGUUUUUCAGACAUGCCUCUACCCUCAUAAGUCUAAUUUUGCGGUGAUGGUGGUAAUGAACCACAAAAUAACCAUAACACUUAUUAAAAGCAUUAGAAAGUGGUUUAAAGAAAGGGUAGGAAUUGAGCAGGCAAUUGGUUGAGGAAUGCAUUGAAAAAUGAAGUGAGGCCAGAUUAUGAAGGACCUUGAAUAAUAAAUAGGUUUGGGAGUUUGACCUUUAUUCAGCACAAUAUUGAGCAAAGGACUAUGGGAUAUUAACCUAUUUGGAGACCAAAUCUUCUUCACAAAGUACUGCAUUCCAGCCCAAGCAUGGAUCCAAUCCAACAUAGAUCGAAAGAACCUCAGAUUGGAAGAUUUUUUUUUUCUGCUGCCUUCGUAUGCUGGCAGAUGGUGCACUGGUAGAUGGAAACAGCAUUUUUUGCCAAAGUAACCGAAAGGAGUGAUUUAUACAACCUGUCAAUGUGGCUUUGACAUUCAUAUUUACUGCAGGUGCCUUGUCCUUCUUAGCUAGUUUUAUCAGCAUUAUCUGUGUUCCACACAGAAGAUUCAAAACCUGUAAAGGAUCACCAGGGCUAAGGAUGUGGUCAGAUAUCUAACAUUUACGGUCAUCUUGUGGCAGUGUAAUUCUGCAGGUGUGAAGACAUGGAUACUAGCUGACCAGUGGUUUCCCAGGGGGUGGCUAUAGAAGAUUAUUUGUCAAACCAGCUUCUGGCUUAUACUUGCCCAGUGCUGUGUGGGCUCUGAAGAGGUACACUAGAUGGAGUAGGUUAGUUGGUAUAGUUAUAAAGCUCACUGAGCAGGUACCCUCUUUUAAUCUUGUUCAUAACCGUACCACUCCAGACAUGGUGUUUGGUAUGUGUGGCAAGGAUUCAUAAUUUCACUCUUGCUGAUAACCUUUCCACUGACACAGGCUUCAACCCUUCUCCACCUUCGUGGACGGCCUUUAUGAGUAGCAGCUGACCAUCUGGUGACCAACCUUCCCGGGACAAGCCUCUGUACUUCUUCAUCCAGGCCUUGGUCUGUCCAGCUUGAUAGGGCCUGCCAGAGUUUGUUUUCCACUGGCAUAGUGUGCAAGAACCCAUAGUCACCUUCACACCACAGCAAGAAACUGGAGAAGGAUUUUAUUGAGGUGCAGCAAUAAGUGCUUGUCGAAUGAAUAAGCUUAAAAUAUGGACGCUGCCCUCAAGGAGCUUAUAAUCUAGUCACAGGGAUAAGAUACUUCCACGUGGAAACCUAACUUAUAAAAUCAAGCUUUUAAGUAAGUGCCAAUGAGUGAAAAGGACAGUAAAUGUUAUAGGAAUAGAAAAACUAGUUUGAGAGAUUAAGGGAAGGCUUCUUGAAUGAGGUAGCAUUUGAGCAUUAGCACCCAGUGAUUGGAAAUAGCUCUGGCACAUCAACAUCAUGAUCAGAAGUCAGAAAUGAUUUUUUUUCCUAGCAAAGAUACGUAGGCAGUGAUAUAGAAAUAGAAUAUCAAAUAGCGGCACUUCCUUUUUUUAAACCAGCAGGUUUGCAGGUCAGCAGGAGAGCAGAAUGUGGAAGGGACAUGCCUACAAUGAAAAGAAAAACAUUUGGCAUCAGAAAUAAAGGAUAAACAACUUCAAACUUGCGGUUUUCUCACAUAGCCACUUGAUGAGUAUCUUUUGUUUUACUUCAUUUUGAGAACUUUUCUUUAGAUUAGGACUUUACAGCACCAGCAGGCCAGAUGGUACCUGCAAACCAGACUUUGAAAAACCUCCUUAGUAUACCUACUGCAUAUAUCUAAGUCUUCCAACUUAGAACAUUGAGUAAUAGCUGCUGGGUGAAUGAACCUUGAAGUUUAAGUGGGACAAUCAAGCUACAACAUAAAUGUUAUGCACCACUUUAUUCUAGGGACUCUUUCUUAAGCAUGGGAUGGGGCACAAAGAUCCACAAUGACAAUCUUUUUUCCCCUCAAAAUCCUACAAUUAUGACUAAUGGCCAAUUUAUCCUUUAUAUUCUUUUUCUCAAAUUUAUAAAAUAAUUUCUCCUUGUACAUUAAAAUCUUUUUUACUGAAAUCUUCCCUUUUAUCUUGUUCUCCUCUAUUUUGACCAUACUAUAAUUCAAUUUCCUAAGGCCUAAUACCUGAAAAUUGAGGUGGCUCAGUAGCUGUGCAAGACUGGAAGGAGUAGGUAGUUCAGAAUAGGUUCAUAGUGCAAAGGUUUAGAAACAGUUGACCACGGUGGCAAAAAAAGCCAAGUCUAUUACUUGUAAAUAUGCACUAUUCACAUACCUUACAAAGUAUGUGCAAUGGUAAAGUCAAUUUAAUUAAUCUCAUAAGCUCAUAGGGAGUCAUCUUUAUCUUAUUUAUUUAGAUUGCUAAUAAUAAAGUUUGUUGCUCUGAAAUGAAAAUCAAUUGUCAAUAUAAGCUAAAGAUAAACUCUUAAUAGAACUGCCCUUAGCAAGUCUAUGAUUAAUAAGAUUAGUUUCAAUGUUACCUUAUAUUCCUUAUGAUAUAUCCUUUCUGGACUGAAUCUAUGUUUUCAGGGUUAAGGAAGCAAUUGAAUUUUCUAAAAUAAACUUCUGUGGCAAAUGGAAAAAAAUUUGGCACCUUGUAGUAUCGCAUAGUUAUUAGGACACUCCACUCCAAAAAAAUUCAAUGCAUAUUUUCUUUCAAUUAAGGCACUAAUGUGAAAUGUGAUCUUUUAUUUUCUCUGUUUGAUGCAGAACAUAGUAGUGAUUGUUCACUUUUCACAAAACCUGGUUAGGAGAAUAUAUGUGAAAGAACAAAUAUUCCUGAAGGGAAUAUUUAGCUAAGAUGCUCAUUAUUCUAAAAUAAUAAUAAUAAUAAUAACUCUCUGCAUCAGUUGCAGACCUUCAUGACUGAGCAAAGUUUUUCAUGGUCAAACUAAAAGUGAACUUCUCUUAAAAAUUCUAAAUAUAAAAAUGGGUAAUUGAAUUCUCUAUAAGACAGUGGACAAAUGAUUUGUACAAAUUUUCCUUAACUUCUGAAAUGGUUUCUUCUAUUAGGUUCAAGGUCUCCCCUCAAAUACUUAGUAACUUCGUAGACAAAGCAUAAAAAUAUUUCCAAGAGCAAUUUCCUGCCCCGGUUCUCAUUUUGUUGCUCUUUUAAUAUCCUAACCCCAAAUUCUUUUCAUAGAAACCAGAUACUCUACCCUAUGCUAGCCAAAAGUAUCUUUUCCUCCAACCAAUAAGCCCAUCUCAAAAAGACACCUCCACAUAUCCAGGAAAAGUCGACCAGAUUCUAACUUAUUGAAGCUAUUUGAAACUAAAUCUUGCAGCACAGCCAUAGUUUAUAUAUAAACUGUUUCAGCUGCAUUAGUAGGUGAUCUAUCUCACUUGAGACUUCCCAGUCAUAGAAGAAGCUGAUUUAACUUGAAAUAUGGAUUAUUAAGCAUGUUGGUUCAAAGUAAAUGUUUUAAGCAGCAAAAUCAACCUACUCCUUCGCUUACUUGUUGUCAAUCAGAAGGAGUAAAAUUAUAAACCCAAUUACUUAAUAUGUUGAAUAACUCAAAACACUUUAAAUUCAAAGGGUUUGGGGAGUGGUAAGGGAACACCUGGAGUUCUUUACCAGUUAUGCUAUAUUUUACCUUCAGAUGUGUAUUGUUUCAGCAAAAAAAGUGAUAAAAAUUGAAUUUAAGUUUGCAAGGUACUAACCAGUUAGUCAUUUUGCGUAUAUCUGUUUAUAUUAUGCCGGUAUAUGUUAUCAUAAUUUAGAUUGAAUAAAAUAAGUUCACUGUU